AGUUCUUCUCCCACAGAUGUCCAAAGACUUGGUAACGUUUCCAGCCAUGGAGGAAUGCAGGAAGAAGAAUCAAACCUGGUCCCUAUGAUUUAUUGCCUCUCGGACAUGUUCCUGUAGCUUGUGUAUUUUGAUGCGUAUUUUGAGAAUACGAGCGGGAACCACAGGAAAAAUCUUAGCUUUUGACCCUUUUAAUCUGAAAUUCCGAAGAAAACAGAGCAAAAAAGAGGGACUUGUUAUGGAUUCCUGUUCAUAUGGAUGCGUAUCUGCAACUGGGCACUGGUUGGUCCUCGAAGAGAUGAAUAGAAACUUCAAAAAGAUGAAAGCUCUCUGAUUCGUGCCUACGUGACCUGCAGGAAAAAAAUACAGAAGAUGGAUGCUAAUUUUCUUCCCGGUGACUUCCCGGACAAGUAUCUCUAACAGGUUUUUAAUGAUCAAAACUCAAAAGUAUUGAGAGAAUCCGAGAUUUUUUUUUAUUUUUUAUUUUUUGUUCAUAGUUGCUGAAGCAGCCAAAAAAAGAGAAUGGAAGGAGGAAUUGAAGAGAGUGUUAGGUUGCUCAGUUCGGAGUCCAGAUGGGUUGACGGAAGCGAAGUGGAUUCAGAGUCACCUCCACUGUCCUUGCACGAAGAGGAAAUCAGUAGGGAAGGGUAUGGGUCUAUUAGGAGAAGGCUUGUGAAGAAGCCCCAGAGACUGGAUUCUUUUGACGUCGAAGCAAUGGGCAUAUCUAAUUCUCAUGACCACCACUCGAAGGAUUUGUCCAUUUGGCCCACACUUGCAAUGGCAUUCCAAACACUUGGUGUAGUAUAUGGUGACUUGGGCACAAGUCCUUUAUAUGUCUUCAGUGAUGUUUUCAGCAAGGUGCCUAUAAAGUCUGAUGCUGAUGUCUUGGGAGCUUUGUCGCUAGUGAUGUACACUAUUGCUCUCCUUCCUCUUGCAAAAUAUGUUUUUAUAGUUCUCAAAGCCAAUGAUAAUGGGGAAGGAGGCACAUUUGCACUAUAUUCAUUGAUUUGUAGGUAUGCAAAUGUUAGUUUGCUUCCAAACAGGCAGCAGGCCGAUGAACGUAUCUCUAGUUUUAAGCUUAAACUGCCUACUCCGGAGUUGGAAAGGGCAUUAAAUAUAAAGGAGGGCUUGGAAAGAAGAUCUUCCUUGAAGACCCUUCUACUGCUUUUGGUUCUGAUGGGAACUUCUAUGAUAAUAGGGGAUGGUAUCCUAACCCCAGCAAUGUCAGUAAUGUCUGCUGUCAGUGGCCUGCAAGGUGAAAUUCCGGGAGUUGAUACAAAUUCUGUGGUUAUCCUUUCUAUUGUGAUCCUUGUGGGAUUGUUCAGCAUACAGAGGUUUGGGACUAGCAAAGUAGGUUUCAUGUUUGCACCUGCACUGGCUUUGUGGUUCUUCUGUCUGGGAUCUAUUGGAAUGUACAACCUAUUUAAGCAUGAUAUCACAGUUCUAAAGGCAAUCAAUCCAGCUUAUAUUUAUUACUUUUUCAAGAGGAACAGUGCAAAGGCAUGGUCAGCUCUUGGUGGCUGUGUUUUGUGUAUUACUGGAUCUGAAGCAAUGUUUGCUGAUCUUGGUCAUUUCUCUGUUUUAUCUAUACAGAUUGCUUUCUCCUUUGUGGUGUUUCCCUGCCUUAUGUUGGCCUACAUGGGCCAAGCUGCAUAUCUAAUAAGAUACCCUUCUUCCGCAGAACGGAUAUUCUAUGACUCUGUGCCAGAAGCUCUUUUCUGGCCUGUUUUUGUCAUAGCCACACUUGCUGCCAUGAUUGCCAGUCAAGCCAUGAUUUCUGCUACAUUUUCAUGUAUCAAACAAUCUAUGGCCCUUGGUUGCUGCCCGAGGAUGAAGAUAGUUCACACCUCUAGGAAGUUCAUGGGUCAGAUCUACAUUCCCGUCAUCAAUUGGUUCUUGAUGAUCAUGUGCAUAAUAGUUGUUGCCACUUUCAGGAGUACCACUGAUAUAGCAAAUGCAUAUGGCAUUGCGGAGGUAGGUGUCAUGAUGGUAAGCACAACUUUAGUGACACUUGUGAUGCUUCUUAUAUGGCAGACCAACUUGUUUCUGGCCUUGUGUUUCCCACUUGUCUUUGGGACAGUGGAGCUCAUCUACUUGUCUUCAGUUCUAACAAAGAUCAAGGAGGGAGGUUGGUUGCCACUUGCAUUUGCUUCUUGCUUUCUCUGUAUUAUGUAUACCUGGAGCUACGGGAGUGUAUUGAAGUACCAGAGUGAGGUUAGGGAAAAGAUCUCCAUGGAUUUCUUACUAGAAUUGGGGUCUACACUAGGGACCGUCAGAGUCCCAGGGAUUGGAUUGCUGUACAACGAGCUGGUCCAAGGCAUUCCCUCCAUUUUCGGCCAGUUCCUGCUCACCCUUCCAGCAAUUCAUUCUACACUUGUGUUUGUCUGCAUCAAGUACAUUCCUGUCCCGGUAGUACCUCAAGAGGAAAGGUUUCUAUUCAGAAGGGUGUGCCCAAAGGACUAUCAUAUGUUCCGAUGCAUCGCCCGUUAUGGGUAUAAAGAUAUAAGGAAGGAAGAUCAUAAUGCCUUUGAGCAGCUUUUGGUUGAGAGCCUUGAGAAGUUUUUGAGAAGAGAGGCCCAGGAGAUGGCAUUGGAGAAUAGCAUAGCUGAUAUGGAGCUUGAUAGUAUUUCAGUGAGGUCAAGGGACUCCGAUUUCCCGGUUGAUGGGGUUGAGGAACUUCAGAUUCCACUGAUGCAUGAUCAGAGAAUGGAAGAGGCAAGCACUUCCACUUUAGAAGAACCUGUGACCAUUUUGCCAUCAAGUGUCAUGUCAUCGGAUGAAGACCCAAGUCUAGAGUAUGAGCUUUCAGCCCUUCGGGAGGCCAUUAAUUCAGGAUUUACGUAUCUUCUUGCACAUGGAGAUGUCAGGGCACGGAAGGAUUCUUGGUUCAUCAAGAAGCUGGUGAUAAACUAUUUCUAUUCUUUCCUAAGGAGGAAUUGUAGAGCGGGAGCAGCAAAUAUGAGUGUUCCCCACAUGAAUAUAAUGGAAGUCAGUAUGACAUAUAUGGUGUGACCCACAGCCCAUGUUUAGUAACUAAACACUAGAAGUAUCAGCCUCUUAGAAAUAAUGUUGUAUUACGUUUAUAUCCAUCCAUUGCAUCAUUAGUUAACUGGAUCCACAUCAAAAGGAUCACUUUCUGUGCUCCAUGCUUUACAGUUUACACAUGUGAUAUGGAGGACAGCUUGUUGUAAGAUAGACUAUUGCAGUUACCAAACUACACAGUUUUCUUCUCUCUGUC